UGUCAGUCAGAAGUGUUACCACGGCGACUGAAAGCACAGUACCAGCGUACCUCUCAGUCGUUGUAGCCGACAGAGGACUGAUGAGCCAAGUUCAGAGCAGUCUGAUGACAAACAUUCAAGGCAGCAGGUUAAAAACAUCGCUACUUGUUGUUGCGCUAAACCGGCACCAUUUACUUGAAGAUGAAUGUAAUCGUUUUGUCUUCUGAAAGAUUACUAAGGCAUGCGGUCGCGUUUGUUUUUUAGAGUUGAGAACCGUGCUGUUGUCCAUUUGUAGCGAUCGUUGGCUUUCCACUUUGAGUUUCCGUGGCUUGAUUAGAUUGUGUAAGGAAAUUGAUAGGUUUCCCUACCUGUAUCUAAAACAUAGUUUCACUGAACUGACGCAAUGAUUCCCGAAAGUCCCCGGACCAGUGAGACAAGGAGCCGGACGCGUUGCCACUACGGCCAGGCAGCCGAACCGAAUCAGAACCGCUGUGGGCUACUCUCCGAGAUCAAAACUCCUAUUAAGAAUGAACCUUUCACUGACCACUACAACAUCAUCCCCGGGAAGGAACUUGGCAGGGGCAAGUUUGCGGUGGUGAGGAAGUGUGUGGAGAAGUGCACGGGCCGGGAGUACGCCGCCAAGUUCCUGAGGAAGAGGAGGAAGGGGCAGGACUGCCGGACGGAGAUCAUCCAUGAGAUAGGCGUUCUGGAGAUGGCCACCAGCAGCUCCAGGGUGGUCAACCUCCACCAGGUCUACGAGAUGCCAUCUGAGAUGGUGUUGGUCCUCGAAUUCGCGGCGGGGGGAGAGAUCUUUAACCAGUGUGUGGCUGAGAAGGAUGAGGCCUUCACUGAGGAGGAGGUGCAGAAGCUGAUGAGACAGAUCCUGGAGGGAGUGUGUUUCCUGCACAGGAACAACGUGGUCCACCUGGACCUGAAGCCCCAGAAUAUCCUGCUGACCAGCGAUGCUCCCGUGGGGGACAUCAAGAUCGUUGACUUUGGUCUGUCCAGGAUGGUCAGCAACCACCAGGAGCUCAGAGAGAUCAUGGGCACCCCAGAGUAUGUCGCUCCGGAAAUCCUGAACUACGAGCCGAUCAGCACGGCGACAGACAUGUGGAGUAUUGGCGUGCUGGCGUAUGUGAUGCUGACUGGCAUCUCUCCCUUCCUGGGGGAGGAUAAGCAGGAAACCUUCCUCAACAUCUCCCAGAUCAACGUCGACUACACAGAUGUGGAGCUCCAGCACCUGGGCCAGGCAGCGCUCCACUUCAUGCAGGCCCUGCUGGUCAAGAAGCCACAGGACCGCGCCACAGCAGAACAGUGUCUGCAGCACGCCUGGCUGCAGUCCAAAGACCCGCCCUCCCAGACACAGGAGGAAGAGGAGGAGGUGAAGGUGACGGUCCCAGAGCAGGCCAGCAGUCCUGAGUGCCCCAGCCCAGCCAGCUCCAGUCCCUCCAGGGAGGAGGAGGAGGAGGAGGAAGAGGAAGAGGAUGAAGGGCCGGUGACGGAGGAGCUGAUCGUUAUGGCGGCGUACGCUCUGGGCCAGUGUCGCCAGACGGAUACGGAGAGCAUGACCCCCGACCAGAAGGCCAUCUCCAAGCGCUUCAAGUUCGAAGAGCCCUUCAGCGCCCUGCAGGAAAUCCCCGGGGACUUCAUCUAUUGAGGCUCCGCCCCUUCCUGUCGAUCCCACACUUGACCCCCACACAGACACACACACACACACCCUCCACGCCCGACUGCGUGUUCCAGCGUCGACAGCUGAUUUAUCCUCCACGCGGCCUGACAGUUGAACAUCGGUGUGUAAGCUCUCUGAAUGCCAUGAAAAUGCUUCCUCAGUCCCUGCCCUCCUUUGAGAAACCUCAGAUCCAACAUGGCUGGAUUGGCUGCAGCUGAAUAAAGGAGCACUGGCUUUAUCCUAUCAUGUUAGAUCUGUCAUUAUCAAAAGGAGGGGAGGGAAGGAAGUGAGGGUGAUUUUGUAAGCGUAUUCAAACAGCCCCUUCACACCUGUGUUCAUACUGGCUGGCUGCAUGUGGAGUCCAUGGCUUCCUUCUAAGUAGUGGGCUAGUGUGGACAUUGGGUCAUGGCCUAGAGGAAGGGACCAUGCGUCCACCAAUCACAAUCCAACCCCUGGCUCCUUGUAUUCCCUGUGCCCUUGUGUAUGUCUCAGAUGAGGAGGAAAAUGUAAACAACAUGAUGGGGGGGGGGACCGAAACGUCAAGGGAAACCUGUGUUGAUUUAUCUCCGAUCCAGUUCUCUCCAGGGGCUAAGUGUCUGAGUUAGUGGGUUGGUGUGGGGACCGUCUGUAAAAAAAAUCUACUACUCGCAUCGUAAACUGAACUCGUAAGCCAAACCGUUUCUCCUCGCUCUCUCUCUCUCUCUCUCUCUCUCUCUCUCUCUCUCUCUCUCUCUCUCUCUCUCUCUCUCUCUCUCUCUCUCUCUCUCUCUCUCUCUCUCUCUCUCUCUCUCUCUCUCUCUCUCUCUCUCUCUCUCUCUCUCUCUCUCUCUCUCUCUCACACACACACACACACAAACACUCUCAUUUUUGUAUAAUCUCUCAUGUCUGUGCUGCUUUACUUUCACGGGGAGCAUGUAUUCAAUUGCUCCUAACUACGCCUUGUCAUGUGUUAACUCUUCUGUCUGUUUGAUAUUUUCUUUGGUGCCAUUCUUGGUGAAUUUGAGAUGAGUGCAGGCCAUAAAUGGAAUUGCAUAUUUUUUAUUAUUAUUUGGUUUUCAUUCAUGAUUUUUGUCUCGUGUCAUCUGCCAUCCGUUUAUUAAGAUGUUUCAUUUAUGUGUAUUGUUAAAGACAUCUUUAAGGGGAUAGGGGUGAGCUAAUUAUAUGUAAAUUAAACCAAUUUAUGUUGUUUUAAGAGUAUGUAAAAAAAAAAGAACUAUAAUACUGUUUUAAAAGCCAUUGCACAUGUCAGACCCAGAAGAGAA